AUGAGAUUAAAUUUCAAUUCCCUAGCAAGUUCAAUCAUAUUGAUAUUGGGAAAAAGGGAGUGUUUAAUUUCAAUUUAUGCUGAUCCGGAUGAUAAGGGCAUUAAUGUCCAAAUGAUGGUUGAUGAAGAUGAGGAUAAUAAAGGAAGUAUUCGGAAUAGUAAUGGAGGGCUUCUCAUCACUGAAAACAUGCUGGAACAAAUGAAGAAUGGGGAGUUAAAGAACAAGGUGAAUAUGAUCACUCCCAUAUUGCCUUUGGAUGAAUCAAAAGCUAAUGAACCUGUGUCAUAUGCUGAGAAAGUUAGUGGGAAGAAGCUCAAUGCAGCAAACCUUAUUUCUAAGGUUAAGAAGAAUGCGGAAUUACCUGAAGGAGUGGUGGAAAUGCCAAUAUGUGAUAUUCUUAAAGGUUGCAGCCCCUUUAAGACCACCCUUUAUGGAUAUUUCAUUGACAAACAUGUUAAUUUCUUUAAUGUUAACAAGUUUGCUCACAACACAUGGAAAAAACAUGGAUUAGAAGAAGUGAUGGUAAAUGAUGAAGGAAUUUAUUUUUUCAGAUUUAGCACUGAACAAGGCAUGAAUUCUGUGUUAGAGGGAGGAGUUUGGAUGAUUUUUGACAGUGCUCUUGUUGUUAGAAGAUGGACCACUGGUGUAAGCUCAGCUAAAGAUCAACAUGACAAAGUUCCUGUUUGGGUCAAAAUAUAUAAUGUUCCUCUUGAAUAUUGGAAUGGAACAGGACUGAGUCACAUUGCUUGGGAGAUUGGAAAGCCAUUGGAUGUUGAUGCUCAUACAGCAAAAAUGUGUCAAGAGCAUUGGGGAAGACCGGCCUUCAUGAGAAUUCUAAUAGAAAUGUCUGCUGCUAAAGAUUGGCUUACAGAAGUUCAUGUGUAUUCUUCGGAUCUUACUACAGGUGAAAGAAUUCUGUCAAAAUGCAAAAUUGAAUAUGCUUGGAAUCCUUCCAAAUGCUCCCACUGUAAGGUCUAUGGGCAUAAAGAUAAUACUUGUGGCAUUUUAAUAGCUAAGGAGGCCAACGUUACAGUGAAUUCUAAACUUGAUGAUCAAAAUAAGGAUGGGACUAAAGUUGAUUUAAUGGAAGUUCUUAUUGCGAGCACAAAAAAAGUUGAAGAAGAUAAAGAUGGGUUCCAAACGGUGGUUAAAAGAAAUAAAGGAAUAAAUACAGGAGAAAAGAACAAGGAAGGAAAUGGGAUCAAAAAUCAGAAUUUUUCUCAAGGGCAUUUUGGGAAAAAUCAAGGCAAUGGAAGGAAUGCGGCUAGAAAUUCUGCUGGAAAUCAGGGGCAAAAAGGGAAUAGUGGAGAAAAAAACUCUGUUGGAAACCAGGGGCAAAAAGGGAAUAAUUUCGAAAAAAAUGGAAACAAUUUUGGCGGUAAUCAAUGGAAUAAGGGUAAAGGAAUCCAGGGGCAAAAUGGGAAGAAUCAAUAUGCGAGUGGAAGAUCCUUCGGUCUUAAUUUUGAACAGGGGCAGAAUAGUAAAAGUUCUAAUGGUUCGAGCAGAAAUAUUAUUGCUAGGACUGGCGCAGGAGGGAAUAAUGUUCAGGGGAUUUCGCAUGCUUUCUCCUCUCACAAAGAUCCGAAUUUGAUUCCUGAAAAUAGAAAAAACUUAGGCAGUGGGCUGAAGUAUGUUCCAAAGUCUAGAGAUGAUUUUAAGAUUAGCUCUAACUUUGAUAAAAGUCCAAAAGUUGAGAAAUAUCAAGAUCCUGCGAUUAUUUUAUCUAGCAAUAAAUUUGAGGUUUUAAAGGGUUUGGAAGAUGACAACCAAUUGGAUUAUUCCAGGAAAUGUAUGCAAGAUAUUGAUCUUGAUUACUUGGAUAAUGUUGAUCAAAUGGAAGUUAUAGGAGCUAUUCUUGAAUCUCAAGUUAGCUUGAAUAAACUUAAUGAGAAGUGUGAUAAUAUCUUUGGGAAUUGGAAGUGGACUGCUGUCAAGGGGAAUUUAGGGAGUACUUUCCGCAUUAUUUUGGGAUGGAAUCCUCUCCUCUUUGAUUUUAACUUGAUUGAUCAAUGCGAUCAAGUUAUUCAUUGUAAAGUUUGGUUUCCUUCAAACAACAAAUUUGUUUACUGUUCCAUUGUUUAUGCUGCCAAUAAGUACAUUGAUAGAAGAGCUUUGUGGUCUUCCCUUGUGCAUCAUAAAGGUCUUGUCAAUGAAGAUCCAUGGAUUAUUGGGGGUGAUUUUAAUGUUACCCUCAAUCCUAGUGAAAGCUCUGCUGGAUCUUCCAAAUUCACUAAAGGGAUGGUGGAAUUUCAUGACUGCAUUAAUACUCUUGAAAUUCAAGAUAUUAAUUGUAACAGAUUGAAUUUUACUUGGAAUCAAAAACCGAAAGGAUUAAAUGGAAUUAUGAAGAAACUUGAUCGUGUCAUGGGCAACUGCAAACUUCUGGAUCAAUUUCCUUCUAUCUGUGCUUCAUUUCUUCCUUAUGGGAUUUCUGAUCAUAGUCCGGUCAUCAUUAAAAUUCCUUCAAGAUCUAAAUUUAAGGUGCUUCCUUUUAAAUUUCCCAAUGUUCUUACCCUCUGUCCUGAGCUGAAUUUGAUUGUUGAAAGGCACUGGAAUCUUGAUAUUCAAGGAGUUAAAAUGUUUAUUUUAACGCAAAAGCUUAAAAGUCUCAAGAAGCCAAUUCGCAAACUCUUAAAGAUGCAGGGAAAUUUUUCGGAAAAUGUUAACCAUUUUCGAAAAGAGCUGGAAUCGGUUCAAGUGGAUUUGGAUUCGGAUCCUUAUAAUUCUCAUCUUCGUGAGCUGGAAGCUAUUUUUCUUGGUGAAUUCAAGAUAGCUCAUGAUAAGGAGGAGAAAUUUUUAAAACAAAAAGCUAAAAUCCAGUGGCUAAAGGAGGGUGACAGCAAUUCUAAAUUUUUUCAUAGAAUUGUUAAAGGGAAAAUGCACAAAAACAUAAUUGAGGCUAUUAUGAAUUGUCAUGGAGAGUGGCUGGAAGGGGAGGCUAUUUAUAAAGAAUUUGUUGACUACUUCCAGGAUUUUCUUGGAAAAGAGGUGACUUGCGAUGAGAUCUAUCUUCCGGAUUCCCUUUUUAUUAAUAAACUGGACCUUGUUGAUGUUGUGGAUAUGGUCAAGAUUGUUUCAAAUGAAGAAAUUAAAACUGCUCUUUUUGACAUUGAUGAUGAUAAAGCUCCUGGACCGGAUGGGUACUCGGCUAAGUUUUUCAAAUCCAUGUGGUCUAUUAUUGGCGAGGAUUUCUGUUCGGCUGUCAAGGAAUUUUUUGCUAAUGGCAAAAUGCUCAAGGAAAUAAAUUCUACUGUCAUUGCUUUAGUCCCUAAAGUUAAUUCUCCUGGGAAAGUUAGUGACUUUAGACCUAUUUCAUGUUGUUCUGUCAUUUACAAAUGCAUCAGUAAGCUCAUUGUGGGAAGAAUAAGAAACCAUUUGGGUUCUAUUGUUGCGGAUAACCAAUCUGCUUUUAUUCCGGGUAGAUCCAUCACAGACAAUAUUCUUCUUUCCCAAGAAUUGGUUAGGGGUUAUCACAGAGAUCGCGGUUAUUCUAGAUGUGCUCUUAAAGUUGAUAUCCAGAAAGCGUAUGACACGGUGAAUUGGUCAUUUCUUCAAAAUAUCCUUUUUCACUUUGGAUUCCAUCCGACAAUGAUAAAAUGGAUCAUGCAGUGUGUGAGCUCUCCUUCAUACAUGAUUAGUAUGAAUGGAUCCUUUCAUGGAUAUUUUGAUGGAAAAAGAGGUCUUCGUCAGGGCUGCCCUUUAUCUCCGUAUCUUUUUACCCUGGUGAUGGAAAGUUUCAAUUUGAUUUUUCAAAGAAGAAUAAGGAAUGAGCCUUUGUUCAAGUUUCAUUGGAAGUGCAAGCAUCUUAAAAUCACACACUUGUGUUUUGCGGAUGAUCUAAUGAUCUUCUGUCAUGGUAAUAAAGCCUCGGUCAGGGUUAUUAAAGACAGCCUUGACGAAUUUGCUAAAGUUGCAGGCCUUCACCCAAAUUUUUCUAAAAGCCAUAUUUUUUUUGGGAAUGUCAAGGCUGAUGUUAAAAGGAAAAUUCUUGACACUCUUCCCUUUGUUGAAGGGAAACUUCCAAUGAGAUAUUUGGGUAUUCCUCUCAUUUCUACAAGAUUGUUUAUUCGAGACUGCAAAAGACUUGUUGAUAAAGUCCGAUGUAGAAUUGGUGAUUGGAGAAACAAAUAUCUCUCUUAUGCGGGAAGACUUCAGCUCAUAUCUUCGGUUUUGUUCUCCCUUCCUGUUUAUUGGGCUUCUUGUUUGCUUAUUCCGGCUUCUAUUACCAAGGAAAUUGAGAAACUGAUGAAGAAUUUUUUGUGGGACUAUGAUGAAUCCAAGAAGGGAAGAGCUAAAAUAUCAUGGUCUUCCAUCUGUAAACCUGUUGAGAAUGGGGGUUGGGUCUCAGAAAUCUUAGAGUUUGGAAUAAAGCUAUUCUAUCUAAAAGAAUAUGGAUGA